AUGCAUACUUGUUUCAUCGCGCUAGCAUCUGCGUCUGUUCUGCAUCUGCCUCUCUGCCUCUUCUUCCGUAUCCGUCAGAGCUACCCUUGUCUUUCUACCUCCCCUUCAGGAACCCUGGCUCGUUUGUUGUCAGGUCUAAGGUACCUCGAAAAGUAUUUCGUACACAUCCCGCGCAAGAACAACCGAUACAGAUACAUGCCAUUGCUGUCCCUUUUCUCCCACCCUUCUGUCUCUUUGUUUCUUUUUCUCCUAACUCUCUGCCGCGUCGUGCUUUUUGCCGUUGUAGACACGAGAAAAAAAAGAAGCCUCUUUUGGACCAACCGCAUCUCUUCGCUUCUUCUCCGACCGGUCUUACACACUACUUCGUACACUAUCUUAUUGUCCAAGUACGAAUACCUACUUUCCUUGCUCCCUGACCUGCUUCAGGUACCACUACUUUGCUCCCACGUUCCUUGCACCUCUACCGCUAUUCAUCACGCAUUCCUUUCUUGUCGUCUAAUUCAUACCGUUCGCCAACCAUUCUUCUCUCACGCCCUACCUCAGGCUAAGCGGCGCGCUACAACCCGUCCUAAUCAACAUUGCUCCUCCGACCCGCCUCGCCAGCCUGUCGCAGACCUGCCCGGGUGCUCCUUUGAUACAUGA